AUGAACUCAUUCAGUGUGGUCAUUCUAUAUUUUGGUGCAAUUUUGAUCAGUGGCAUUUCAGAUACUCGUUUCAAGCGAGCUGAUAAUGACGAAUCAAUUCAUGAAGCUGCCAAGACUGGCAAUACACAAAAAAUUCAUGAAUUACUAAAAAAUGGAGUGGAUAUUAACACUAAAGACCUUGGCAAUAAUAUGACGGCAUUACAUUUCGCAAUCCAAAAUGCUCAACUCAAUGCAGCUGAUUAUUUAAUAAAGAAUGGAGCAGAUAUCAAUGCGAAAGAUAAUAACGGAUGGUCACCAAUUUUUUUAGCUUCUCAUAAUGGGCAAAUUCAAUUUGUUCAAAUGCUGGUAAGUUUUGCUCCCGACUUGAAUAUCAAAAAUAAGGAUGGGUGGACACCAAUAAUGGCCGCUGCUCAAGAAGGUGAUUUAAAUCAUAAUCAGCAAAUGCUUCACACUUUACCUUUAGUAACAAAUUUCCUUUAA